UAAAAUAUGUGGGGAACUAAUGUAGUUUGACAUUAGAUUUUGUUUCUGCCGGAAGUUGACGAGCACGGAACUUCGGGUUCCGGUUGGUGAUGUCACGUAUCUGUCCAUGCUGCGGAGUGUACCCUGAAUUAAAGUUGUAGCCCGUCUGCCUCGCCGCCAUGGGGAUCUUGGAGAAGAUCGCAGAAAUAGAGAGAGAAAUCUCUCGGACACAGAAAAAUAAAGCCACUGAGUACCAUCUGGGCUUGCUGAAGGCCAAGCUAGCUAAGUACAGAGCUCAGCUGCUGGAGCCUUCCAAAUCAGCCGGAGCCAAAGGGGAAGGCUUCGAUGUCAUGAAAUCUGGAGAUGCCCGUGUCGCUCUAAUCGGUUUCCCCUCUGUGGGUAAGUCCACCUUCCUUAGUUUGAUGACAUCAACAGCCAGUGAAGCUGCGUCCUAUGAGUUCACCACUCUCACCUGCAUACCUGGUGUCAUCGAGUACAAAGGGGCCAACAUCCAGUUACUGGAUUUGCCAGGAAUCAUUGAGGGUGCCGCGCAAGGUAAGGGUAGAGGUCGGCAGGUCAUUGCUGUUGCCAGAACAGCGGAUGUAGUCAUCAUGAUGUUGGACGCCACCAAAGGAGACGUUCAGAGAGCACUUCUAGAGAAAGAGCUGGAAUCAGUGGGCAUCAGACUCAACAGGACAAAACCAAAUAUCUAUUUCAAGCCCAAGAAAGGUGGCGGCCUCUCCUACAACUCCACCGUUCCUCUCACCCACUGCUCAGAGAAGCUCGUUCAGCUCAUCCUCCAUGAAUACAAAAUUUUCAAUGCAGAGGUCCUCUUCAGGGAGGACAGCACACCGGACGAGUUCAUUGAUGUUAUCGUCGGAAACAGAGUUUACAUGCCGUGCCUAUAUGUGUACAAUAAGGUGGAUCAAAUCUCUAUCGAGGAGGUGGACCGCCUGGCUCGCAGACCUCACAGUGUUGUCAUCAGUUGUGGGAUGAAGUUGAACCUGGAUUACCUUCUUGAGACGCUGUGGGAAUACUUGGCUCUUAUUUGCAUUUACACCAAGAAAAGAGGAGAGCGCCCUGACUUCAGUGAUGCCAUCAUUAUGAGAAGAGGAGCAUCUGUAGAACAUGUGUGUCACCGAAUCCACAGAACUUUAGCCAGCCAGUUUAAAUAUGCCCUGGUUUGGGGAACCAGUACCAAGUACAGCCCUCAGAGGGUCGGGCUGACACACAUCAUGGAGCACGAGGAUGUCAUCCAGAUCGUUAAGAAGUAAAA